AUGCCCAUCUACGACACUUCAUCAAGUUCAGAUAUCCCACGCGGAUCGAUGCGAAUCGACUGGAACCGACUAUUUCCGCGAUUGACUUCGAAAACUCUUCUAUCGCAUUAUCUACCAGCUUCUGGUGCCAUUUCCCACACGUUGUACACAGUUCAUCUCUUCAGCCCCAAAAUCAUUUCCAAUCUUUUCCCAACCGGCGAUCUCGCUGUGAGCAACACCAUUCUGUUCAAUGCGAACGUAGGCCUCGGAUUCUACGUGUAUUUCAGAAGACAUCUUCAACAUCUCCACCCAUGGGAGCGUGUCGAGUUCAGUGUACUGACUUCGACUAUUUUUAAUUUCGGCACUUUGUUGGCUGCUGUUCUUAUCAAAGCCCUUUUCCCAGCCAAAUCUCGAACUUGGGUUAAAACAAUUGCGGCAACUUCAUUAAGCGUUUACUUGCUUACCAGAGCCUAUAAGUAUCUUGGCGUUCUUGACACGAAACCAACUAAAACGGCCGGAAGCGUUGCCAGCCCAUCUUCUGUCAAAUGCCGUGCCCGUCGUGGUAGCCGUUCUGUAGUGUCUCGAGCCGCUUCAGUGCUCCCAGAUGCAUCGAUAUCUUAUACCGAAGAAAUUGCGAGAGAUUCGCCCAUCGAUGAUCGAAAUGUUCUAAUGACGCCGUCAGUUACGAAUGCGUCGACGACAGAAGGCGACUUGAUGAGUUGCACCACAGACGAUGUGAAUAUGAAGUCAACUAAACCAAAUUUCCGAUACUUGCACUCGUUUGCUCUUAACAAUCUCAAUCAGACGCGACCGGCGAAAGCUGACAUUUUGAGAAGAGCAGUUCAAAACAAUGCCGAAAAACCACUGAACAGUAGAAGAACAUCAAACACUCAAAUCUCGUUCAAACCAACCACUCCAACUUGUUUUGUGACCCCGGAACCUUCGCUUAAGGAUGUUUCUGCGGUUUACACACCGCCCCCAUCGAGGCUUGUCGAGUCUCACUACAAAAAACCAAAGCGAGUUGUUCGCCACGAGAAGGAUGAGUUGGAUCGAGUAAUUGAUAUGGCUCAAUGGCAUGCUCACCUUGUGAUGGUGCCCAUCGCAUUCACAUGCUUCAUCACCGAAUCGAUGCCCUUGAUUGAUACGCUGCGAUUCAUCUUCUACGGAUAG